GCAGAGCUUCACUCUAUCUCCCUCAAGCUCCCCAACACCAAGCCACGAUCCUGAAUACAUUGGUGGAAAACAACCGCGAAUUCGCCCUGACCUCAGAGGGUUGAAGAAUCUGGGAAACACAUGCUUUAUGAACUCUGUCAUCCAGGCGUUGAACACAACCGAUGUGUUUCGUGGAUAUCUGACCCAGCUUCCACUUCUGCAACCAGAUGACGAAGACAAUGAUGAACAUCAGCCAUUGGCCAGUCCACGGUACAAUACGAGGCGAGCUGCACUGGCAGUAAACACUACAACAACCACUACUUCCACACCUGCACCAACGUAA